AUGUCCAGCAUGGCUCAUCCCAGCUGGCUGGAGGAGGACUGCUGGCAGAGUUUGCAGGACGCCUACGGUGGCUUCCUGUUCAACGAGGAUGGCCAUCGUGACGGAAGGCCGGGCAGCCGGGUGGUGGCCGUCCUGCCGGCCCUUGGCCGCACCGUGACGGUCGGCUAUGAAGAGGCAAAGCUGUCAGUGGCACAACGGGUGUGGCAAAUCGAGCAGGCGGCUUCGAAGAAGACUUCGCAGCCGGUCCUGUUAGGAAGGGCCACGCCCGUAGUUGCGCCCGUCCAGAGGGACAAGUCGUGGCUCCGAUAG